AACCAGCUAGCUGUAGCUCGUCCCCUCCACUUGGUUUGCUAUUGCCAUUUGUAGCUAGCCACGCCAUGAGCACAGUUGCAACCACAAAUCGAUCCAACCCCACAACAAACUAAAACCACACACCACAUCUCUCUCUCUCUCUCUUUCUGUGUGUGUUGUUCAUCUAUGUCGUCAGUCUCUCUCUAGGGCAGGGCAGGGAACGUGGCUAGUACUCAAACUAAUUAAAAGCAAGAUUAGCCCCAGCUAACACCAAAAGAAACAAGAGCCGCCAAACCAAAACCAAGAAAAAACCAAACUUUCUCAUGCAUAUGCUGUUGUGCGACCACAGAGCUAGAUAUACUCGAUCCAAGUGUGGUAGCCGGCUGUACUGUAAUCAGUGUAAUGCCCUGUGCGGAGCUCUGGUCCAUGAGCAACCCCUCCUCCCCUUCUUCCAGCUCUGCACAAUACCAAGAAACCCUACACCAGCAAGAAGUAGCCAACGAGGACGCCGGCAUUGUUGUUCCCGGUGCUGCCUCCGACGACGCCGAGCUGUCGCCGCCGCGGUGCGAAUGGGAGUUCCGGCUGGCGGCCACCGUGCCGUCCACCUCGCUGCCGGGGGCGUCCGACGCCAUCGGCAGCGUCGACUUCGACCCCACCGGCCGCCUCCUCGCCACCGGCGGCAUCGCCCGAAGGAUCCGGAUGUACAGCGUGGCCUCGCUGCUGGAUAGCAGCGCCGCUGCAUCUGGAGCUGGCCCCGCGGCGUGCAUCUGCGUGCCGGCGAAGCUGAGCAGCGUGCGGUGGCGUCCGGGCGCGCUCGCGGGGACUGUGGUGGGGUGUGGCGACUACGACGGCGUGGUGACGGAGUACGACGUGGAGCGCGGCAUGGCGUCGUGGGAGCGCGACGAGCACGCGGGCCGGCGCGUGUGGGCGCUGGACUACGCCCCCGGCGCGACGAUGGCGGUGUCCGGGUCCGACGACCGCACGGCGCACGUGUGGGACCCGCGCGCGCCCUCGGCCGGGUGGGCCACGGCGCGCGCAGGCGGCGCCGUGCUGUGCGUGGAGUUCGACCCGUCGGGCGGGCCGCAUCUGGCCGUGGGUUCGGCGGACCGGCGCGCGGUGGUGUACGACGUGCGUGCGCUGGGGCGCGGCGCGGUGGCGUGGAUGGACGGGCACGGGCGCGCGGUGACGUACGUGCGGUGGGCGGGGCGGCGGGUGGUGACGUCGGCGGCGGACGGGACGCACCGGCUGUGGGAGUGGGGGGGCCACGACGGCGAGGCGCGGGAGGUGCGGUCGUACAGCGGCCACGCGAGCGCGCGGAGCUUCGUGGGGAUGGGGCUGUGGCGCGGCGCGGGCCUCGUCGCCAGCGGGUCCGAGUCCAACCACGUCUUCGUCUACGACCUCAGGUGGGACAAGCCCAUCUGGGUACAGCCAUUCUGGGGGGCCCAGCUGCCAGCCAUCAGCACCGUUGACGCCGACGUUGGUGGUGGUGGUGGUGGAGGGUUCGUCAGCGCGGUGGCAUGGCGACAGGGCGGCGACGGUGACCUCGACGACGGGGCGCUCGUGGCCGGUGGGUCCGACGGCGCGCUGAAAAUGUUCACGUGCCAACGGCGAAAGGCAGAGGAAGCAGCAGGGGACGUGGACUACUAGCCAUGGCUGCUUGCUUCUUUCUGAGAAGAACUCAUUGAACAAAGGUGGUACAUGUUAAUUUAAACGAGGGGAGCACACGAGAGAGAGAUUGAUGCUAUUGAUGACGAUUCUUUUUCUUCUCUUUUUUGUUUUUCUUGGCGAUGCAUAUGUUCCUGACAAUGUACUGAUCUGAUAUAUUUUUUCAAGGAAUAAGAAAAUUGAUAAUAACACGAUUAAGUGAA